AUGACCUCUCCGAACUGGACAACCCAGCGCAAGACAGCAGUACCAGCUCAACUCCUCCCAACACUAAGCUGCGAAUUCUGCCGCCACCGCAAAAUCAAAUGCGACAAACUAGACCCCUGCACCGCAUGCCAAAAGGCUGGUGUUAAGUGCGAGUCGAUACGACGCAAGAGAUUGCCUCGAGGUCGACAUAGUACCAAGUCUGAAAGCAGGGAUAAUACACGAGACACAUUCAAGGAGAAGAUUGACAGGUUGGAGGCACUUGUUAAUGUGGCUCUGAGUGAAACGAACGGCAAGGGGGAGGGCGUUUCUGCGACGAGAGAGGCUUUAGCGGCGGCGGAAAGGGGCGCUUCUAGUGAAUCGGUACAGGGGAACAAUGCAUUUGAGCCGGGACCGAAUGCGCUCGCCUCGCGAUUUUGGGCGAGUGUUAUUAAUGAGCUUCGCGAAUCCCGGGGGUUUGCUGGUGAUGAUACGGAAGGUGAUGGUGAUGACGAUGAUGAUGAUAAUGAAGACGACGAUCACGAUGAUGGCGAUGUUGAGGAUGAACGGACUCAUGUUUAUUCGCCGUUUAUGGGCCUAUCACUAGGACGAUCGGGCCAUACUCUACCUCACUCAUUGUCAAUACGCCCAUCUCCCGCUGUCACAACUGCAUUGUGCGGUAUUUACUUGGACCAUGUCGACCGGAUUAUAAAAGUGCUGCAUCGGCCUUCGUUGAAACGACACUUUUUGGAAGGAGUUCCCUAUCCUGUGUCCAAAAGCUCUCGUGAAGCUGAGAAUGCUCUCGAUGCAGCUGUUUUUUAUGCAGCGGUUGCGAGUAUGACGGAUAGUCAGUGUUAUAACCUUUUCCAAUGCAGUAGAAAUGAAGUACUGCCGGAAUAUCAAAGUGCUUGUGAAAUGGCCUUGGAGAGAGCUGAUCUGAUGCGGACUACUGACAUGACGGUUCUGCAAGCUUUUGUUCUUUAUUUGGUGGCUACUCGCGUUCAUGAUAAAUCGCGUGCUGUCUGGACUUUGCUAGGUACAGCAGUCCGCGUCGCUCAAGCACUCAACCUCCACGUCGAGUCUUUAGGGUCAACGGAAACAUUCUUCAACCAGCAGAUGCGCAAACGCCUUUGGUUCACUAUUUGCCUGUUAGAUGUGCAGACAUGUUUUGAUGCCGACUCGCGGCCUUUAGUCCCCCUUGAAAUGACACAACCCACCUUGCCGCUCAACGUGAAUGACUCGGAUUUUGAUCCCUCGUUUGAUGGUGAUCCGCCGGAGCGUGAUGAAGUGACAGAUGUGACUUUUGCAUUAUUUACAUAUAAUCUACAGAUCUGUGGCCGACAAUUGUAUCACAUACCUCGUGGCGAGCAUUCGGCUCGUGGAAAUAUCCUUCAAAGUUUCAAGGAUAACGUCUUGCCGUUGACACGACAUUGCAAUCCCGAUGAUAGCAACUACUCGUGGCUCUGUUACUACGCAUCGCAGAAUUUGAUAUCAUCGACGCAGUUACAUGCCUUUAGACGACCUGAUCAGAAUAGUCAGCAGCAGGAGGGACAGCAGGGACAGCAAUCUUCCCUCCUCGAAUUGUGUCUAAGGAACCUGGAAAACAUCCCCCGCAUCCACGGCGAUGACCGCGGGGAAGCAUUUAGAUGGUAUAUAUAA